AUGAGUGCUGAAAAUGUUGUUACCAUUUCAAAACAAAAUUUAUUUUAUUUGUUUUUACUGGAGCAUUUGCGUAAAUUUGUUUUUGACAUCAACAUGCAACGUGACAUAAUUUCAAUGGCUGCAGAAUUAAAGGCAACAUUGGAUAAGUACUUCAAAAACUUAGAAGGUAACGACGUUCAAUCACAAGCAAUUAUACUCGACCCACGUUUUAAAAAGUAUGGAUUUUCCAGUGAUCACAAAUUUGAAACGUGUAAAGUAGGCUUGGCAAGAAAAUUACAGGACAUAAAUGUUCAAAUGCCAAACGAACCUGUCGAAGAACGUCCAACUACUUCUAUUGUACAAAGUUCGACAAGUAUUUGGAAACAGUUUGAUGAACAAGUCAGCUCGGUUCUUGGUCAAAAUAAUCCAUUUGUGGCAUGCAUUGUAGAGUUGGACAAAUACUUGAGUGAAAAUCUCUUAAAUCGUCAACAGGAUCCUUUGAAGUGGUGGUCUGAAAGAAAGCUUUUAUACCCCAGACUAUAUGAAAUGGUUAAAAGACGACUUGGUGUACCAGCAACAUCUGUUCCCAGUGAGCGAGUUUUUUCAAAAGCUGGUAUGGUUCUUAAUAGCAAAAGAACCAGACUUACAACUGAAAAAGUAGAAAAAAUUAUAUUUAUACAGUCAAACAUGUAA